AUGGGCCAUACGACUACAGCAGUACCACCAGGACCAGUGGCUUCGGCGGCGACCGGUAUUAUACUCCAUUAUAUUAUAUUGUGGCCGCAGGGUCCUGUGUGCCGUAGCGGUGCAGCUCUGGACUGUUUGGCAAUACGCGAGCACAGAACUGGCAAAGAAUCAAUAUCUGCUCUAGUUUCGCAAUCGUACACGUACACACACAUUAGACGUCGUCGUUAUGCGUGCGUUCGAGUGUGGUUUUUACUUUUUAUUUUAUUGCUGUUACACUAA